CAGUAGUCAGACAUAAGCUGUGAGGGUCAAACUGGAAGACAGAGCUAAGCACAGCAGCCCAUCGGACGAUCCGCCUUCCUGAGUUCCAGGCGAUAGAAAACAGGUGGCUCUACUCUUGGCCAGUGGUAGGUGUGGCACUGGCGUCUGCUAAUGCUGUGCCACAUUGGCCCUCGUGCAAUUGGACUCAACAGAAGGAGCAACUUCCAUCCAAACUCCAGGGCUCUCAACCCAGGGCCAUCCACCAGGAGCAUGAGGCUCCCUGAUGUCCCACUCCAGCUGGUGCUGCUGUGGGCACUGGUGUGGGCCCAGGAGGCAGAGUCUGUGUGUCCCUCCUGUGGAAGCCCCACACUGGCACCCCAAACAGAACGAGCUCUGGUCCUAGAGCUGGCCAAGCAGCAAAUCUUGGAGGGGCUGCACUUGACCAGUCGUCCCAGAAUAACCCACCCUCCACCCCAGGCAGCGCUGACCAGAGCGCUUCGGAGACUACAGCCAGGAAGUGUGAGUCCAGUAAAUGCGGAGGAAGUCAUCAGCUUUGCUACCAUCACAGACUCCUUGGCUUCAACCUGCAGCUCCGUGCUCACCUUCAACCUGUCCACUCCUCGGGCCCACCGCUUGUACCAUGCCCGUCUCUGGCUGCAUGUGCUCCCCACCCUUCCUGGCACCCUUUACUUGAGGAUCAUCCGGUGGAACACAAGGAGAAGGCGCCGAGGGUCCCGCACCCUACUGGCUGAGCACCAAAUGAAUAGCCCGGGCUGGCAUGCCCUGACUCUGCCCUCUAGUGGCUUGAGGGGUGAGGAGUCAGGCGUCCUGAAACUCCAGCUGGAUUGCAGACCCCUAGAGGGCAAUAGCACAGCUGUUCGGCCACAGCAGCGGUUCCUGGAUGCACAGGGUGACCAGCGGCCCUUCUUGGAACUUAAGAUUCGGACCAAUGAGCCUGGAGCAGGUCGAGCCAGGAGGAGGACCCCCACCUGUGAACCUGAGACCCCCUUAUGUUGUAGGCGAGAUCAUUAUGUAGACUUCCAAGAUCUGGGAUGGCGGGAUUGGAUCCUGCAGCCUGAGGGGUACCAGCUGAAUUACUGCAAUGGGCAGUGCCCCCUGCACCUGGCUGGCAGCCCAGGCAUUGCUGCCUCUUUCCACUCUGCUGUCUUUAGCCUCCUCAAGGCCAAUAACCCUUGGCCCUCGGGUACCUCCUGCUGCGUCCCCACUGCCCGAAGGCCUUUGUCCCUCCUAUACCUUGACCGUAAUGGCAACGUGGUCAAGACAGAUGUGCCAGAUAUGGUGGUGGAGGCCUGUGGCUGCAGCUAGUCAGAGGGCCUGGGGUUUUGGAGUGAAAAGAUCAAGUCAGGGCUUCCCACACAAAGGGCAUCUGCCUGAAGGCAUCUGCCCGAAGGCAUCAGAUUCCUGGUCAACAUCCCCACCCCAUAGGCGACCUGGUAAUAUGUGACCCAAAUGGGUACUUUUUUGUCCAGACUCCUGGUCUAUUGGAGGCUGGUUGAUGUGUGAGGAGAUGGGUAAAGUGUUUCCUCCAAAGAGGUCUACCUAGAAAGGAUGAUUUCUAGUCUAAACUUUAUGAGAAAAUGGCAGGUGCGAGGGAGGCAGGGAGAGAGGGUGGGAAGAAUAAAGCAGAGAAAAAUUACUGUAGUCUUUCCCAAGAAGAAAAAGUCCUCAGGUAGGGGGAGGAGGAAGCAGAGGGCCCAGCAGGCUUGGGGAAGGGGAAACAGGCUGGCCAGGGGUAGGGAUUGUUGAAGCGUCUUAAGGGAGGGCCAAGAGGGAGAUGGGCAACGGGCUGAAGGAGGGUGUUUAGGAAAGUCCCAGAAACAGGAUCAAGAAAGAGGGGUGCUGAGCCCCAAAGAAGUUUCCAGUUUUUCCUGGGGGGCAGGACCCACUGGGGAGACAAACAUUUAUACUUUCCUAAUAAAAAUGAGAGAAAAAAAAAAUCAACAAGUGUGAGUCAUGAAACAGGCUGGGGUGAUGGUCCAGAGCAACAAUUCUCAAAGUGUGGGCUGGGGACUCCUGGAAGGUCCCUGAGGCCCUUUCAGGGGUGUUCAAAAGUCAAAGCUAUUUUCAUAAUAAUACUAAGAUGUUGUUUGCCUUUUUAAAUUUUCAUUAUCUUAAAAGUGUAUGGUGGAUUUUUCCAGAGGCUGCAUGACAUGUGAUUACAUCAUCUUUCUGACAUCAUUGUGAAUGGAAUGUGUGCUUGUGUUUUCUUGUAUUUAAAUUUGUUUUCCAUUUUAAUUUCUAAUACGGCAAAUUGAUAGAUAUAAGCCACAUGAAUAAAAGUUCAGCAUUUUUUAAGGGUGUAAAGUAGUCUUGAGACCAAAAAGUUUGAGAGCCACUGGUUUAGAGAACCUGGUGGAGAGGGUGUUCUAAAAGAGAGCUCCCUUGGGGGAAGGGGCAUCUAGCUGGAAUGAGUGGUAUAGGGUUCGCUCCUUCCUUUUUGGUGACCAUUGGUCUGGCCUGACCCAGAUGGGUCCCUGAUCCUCUCCAUAUAACUGGUGUCUAGGUCAAUGUCAUACGGGCAGAGGAAGGUUCAAAUAAGGCUCCUAUCUGUCUUCCCUCUCCCCACCCCAUAGUUACUACCUAUCUUUGUAGGACCCUGUACUCUCCCUAACUUCAUCAUUUCCCCAUGCCCUCAGACAACAGUUAACCAAUUGACCUCCAGGCCCAAGGAGGUUGUCCUUGGAAGCAGACCUGAGAUGUGGAGUCUGUUUGAGGGCUGGCAGAAAGGGGAAGGGACUCUUUCACCCUUUUGGUAUAAAGGCCACAAAGACUAAAAUAGGUGCCCCUUUCCCUGCAUCCGGUCACCAAGGUGACAAAAAUCCAAAUUCACAGGGCAUUCCCCUUUCGGUUCGGCACUACAGCUCUGCACUAGCAGCAGCUGCCAGUGUGCCCCUCCGUUUCUUUGGGCUCACAUAUCCCCGGUCCUAGAC